AUGUUGCCCACAACAGCCCCAGCGCCCUCCACGGUCGUGCGCUACAUCGUGCGGAGCUCGGACGUGAUAUCAGACAUGCGCGUGAACGUCUUUGAGGAGGCUGCGGAGCGCGUCGUAUGGUACAAGGCAAGUGAAAGGUUUCUUGAGGACAAGGAGGUGGUCGAGCACAUCGUCGACAACGCGACGUCGACGACGCUCUGGACGAUACAUCGCCCGCUGCGUGGCUGGUACAUCCGCCUCCGCGCGCCCUCCUUCCCACCACACACCUACAUCUCCCUCCUCCCCAUCCCCCGUUCCUCCCCAUAUCACGCGCAAGCAGCCCUCACCUUCUCCUGCCGCACCAUCGCUCCGCACCCCGUCCGCCCCUCGCCCUCCAUCCCGUCCGCCACAGCACCCCCACCCCCGCCCGCGCCCACAGCAGCGCCCACCUCGCCUCCAGAACCCAAAUCCUCCCUCGACUCCGACACCACGCUCUCCCCAUCGCCAGACGCCGAGUUUUCUCCAGACGACGCCACCGCCUCGCCCCCCGAAACACCCGUCAACUCGCCCUCGCACACGUACCCCCCAGCACCGACUCCGCCAGCCAUCCGCGUCUCCCCGCCCUCCCCCGCCUCCGUCCGCGCUAAGCUCGCUGCCCUCUCCGGCACCACUACCGACGCAGACGCCUCUACCACCGCCGCCGCCGCACCCGCACGCUCCCUCUCCCUCGCCCAGGCAAAGUCAAAGGCAAAGGCAAAAUCGCGGCCCCAAAUGCAGCUCACGCAUUUCCUCCUCACGCCACAGCAAAGCACCGAGCCCCCGCCCCCCGACGCAGGCCUCCUCGCGCGCGCCCUGCGCGCCUUCAAGAGCACCGCGCCCUCCGCCGCCAGCAGCUCCUUCACCCUCGCCCCGAUCCCCCCCGCGCCCCCUCCCGCCCCCACACCCGCACCGCCCUCCGUGCCCCCGCCGCUCACGCGCGCGCCCCCCGCGGCGCCGGACGUCCCCGCGCCCGAGCCGGCCCCGCGGCCGCCCCCGCCCGCGCUGCUGACCUUCGCAGACACGACGCCGGUGUUCACCGUGCGCUCCUCGUCCGGCGUGCUCGAGCUCCGCGCGGACGCGCUCGCCGCGCUCGGCGUAGACGCCGCGUUCUGGGUCGCGCUCGCGCUCGCGUACGCGGACUUUUUGGGCGACCGCGACGUGAGUCUCCCCCUCCUCGAACCGCCGCUCGGCUCGCGUCUUUUGCUUCCCCCUCGCGACGUCGGCGGAGCUACCUCGCCGCGAUCUCCGACUAACCCACGAUCGGGCGCCGAGCGCGCGCCUGCACUGCCUGCCUGCCUGCCUACACUGAACCGCACCACACCACGCCGCACCGCAUCGCUCGACGUCCAGCCCGCGUUAGCCCCCCUCGCGCGGAGACUGCGAGCGAUCCGAUCCGAUCCGCGACCCCCCACCCCCGCCCCCCCGCCCUCACGCGACCCGUCUCCCGUCUCCCGUCUCCCGUCUCCCGUCUCCCGUCUCCCGAAGCCCAGCGAAGCCCGCACCGUCUCCUCGCACGAUCCGCCAUCCCCAGCUUCGGCAUCGCGUCCGCGCUUAUCGGUACUCGAGACGAUCCCGUCCGGGUAUUAUAUUCGCUCCGCACGUGAACGCGAGCACUGA